AAUUGCCUAGAGCGUCCAGGUUUUACUUUAUUACUUAUUAAGAACUUACAUGCAAUAAGUUGCAGUAAAAAUAAAAUGCAAUGUUACUCAAUGAAGUAGGUCACUUGCGCCAAAUAUAUGACACGUGUUGAAUGUUAUUCUUCCCCUAUUGUCACGUGUCCGCGUCUUUAGAACUUUAAAACCCAAAAUCAAUAACUUCACGGUAGCGCAUCUUCAGUGAUUGAGUCUCCGAUUUUAUUCCAUAUUGUAGAAGUCGUUUCUUGACAGUAUUGUCUCCCUUAAAAAUAAAGUAAAAUAAAAUGGAAGUAUUUCAUCAAGAAAUCCAAGAUUUACUGAAUCAUUGUCAAAAGACCGACAUAAAUUUUGAUGUGAUUUAUAAAAACGCGCUCCUUUCAUUAAAUUCUCAAGAUAAUUUGAAGAUUAAACUUCCUUCAUGGAAACCACAAAUAACUAUGGAACAAGUAAAAAUAUUCUUCAAAUCGUGGAGAUUUUUAAUUUUAUUUACUGUCUUGACGAUUCUUCUUUUCACUUACCUGCAACUGGAGCUAAUUAACAUCCAUAUUUCUGCGAUUGGAAGAAUAAUUAUGGUUCAGGUUUUACCUUUUUAUGAUUGGCGCCCAUUAAAGAAUGAACGGUGUCUACUCAAAAAGAGCGCAAUCUAUUCAUCGGGCAUGAAUGGCAAAACCACAAACAUUGAAAGCGAUUGUAACUAUUGUGAUGGUAUCAAUUCUGUCCCCAAAUUGAAAUAUCUGACUGGGGAUUGGAACAAUGAUGAUUUAACUCAAGAAGAACUGGUUUCCAACUUAGCUCAAAAGAUAAAAAGUUACUACGACAUUGAUGCGCCUAUUGUUAUUGCCAAUAAAUCUGACGCCAGUUUUAACAUUGAGAAUUUAAAACAAGACUUAGAAUAUAUUGACUAUAUUCCAUGUAAUGUCGAAAGCAACAUCUACAUAAGAAAGUCGUCGACAGUCGAAGAUAUUUUGAUAAAACUGGACAAAGCGCCAUUUUUCUUUGCGCAAUGGCGGAAUUGCAAUUUGCAUGCUAUGAAAUUGUUUCGGCGCUUCUUUCCUCGACCAGAAUAUCUGCAUGUUAAUUUUGCACCGAUUCAGCAGUCCUGGUUCAUUGUAAGCAAGAACUACUACAGCGAGAAUCAAAAUUACAAACAGUUAAAAUUGACUGAUAGAUUAGCACUUGUUGCUAUUAUAGAAGGUCAUUUUAAAGUCAGACUAAUACCACUUCGAUAUUGUUUUAUUGGAAAAAUGUGUAAUGACGUUAUUAUUGAUAUGUUUGCCGGGGAUGCUUUAGUUUUGAGUGAUCAAUGGGAAAUUGAAUAUUUGUUCAUGAGCACAAAUGAUGACGUAAAACAAGAUUUCGAGGUAGAUCUAAAUAUGGCCAUAGUAUUGGAGACUCAUUAAUACUCGUAGUAGUAGUGAAAAAUAUGAGUACAAAAUAAAUGUUGGAUGUUUUUUCUCUUCUUUAAUGUUGUGGAUGUAACGAAAGUACGUAAUAAAAUGUCGUUGAAUCAUGAAAUGAGACUAAACCCACGACGGGUGAGAUUUCAAGACACAUUAAAAAUAUUACUCCCUUUAUAUUAAACUAUUUUAUACAAUACAAUACCAUACAAUACAUUAAUGCAGGAACAAAAAAAUAUUAAAAAUUGACAACAGUAAUUAUUUUGUCACAGAGUAAGUUAUGAUAUGCUAGUUAUUUAGAUUGAAUAGUAAUCUAAUAGCACAUGCAUAUAUAGAUUUUGGAAUAUUUUCAGACUCAGAGUGUUUAAAUUUUUCCAACAUAUUUAUCAUGUUCCUUUACUGUGGCUAUCAGACCAUCUGUAUUCACAGGAUGGCCAUCAUUAAAAUAGCUGAUGACAGCA